AAUAGUUUCCUUACUGCUCAUAAACACCAGCUUCCAACGGCAUAGAGACUUUUAUUUUGAAAAACCCACUUCCGGUGGGUGUUAUCGGCAGUGUUUCUGUUUUCACGAUGCUUGUGUGACUCCGCGGGUCGCUCCGCUCUUCUCUUCGUGUUUCUGUGGGGUGUGUGAAAGGCUAGGAGCGGUUCUCGCUGCUCCUCUCUCAACUCAACGGCUGUGCCGUUCACCCUCGUGUGACUUUAUUGUGAAGUAGCAGCAAUCCUCUGGCGAACUCAGAGGACAUGGCAGCCGCUACCGUGGCUGGAGCGGACCCCGCAGAGACCGAUGGAGCUUCUGCCGCCGCCGCCGCCGCCGUCUUUACGGAUGUACGAGAGCCAGGCUGGAAUGAAUCGCAGCUUCGGCAAUAUACUUUUCCAACCCGACAGAUACCGCGACUAUCUCAUACGGAUCCGCGUGCGGAGGUCCUCAUCAAUAACGAGGAGCCUGUUGUAUUAACAGAUACCAGUUUAGUAUAUCCAGCUCUAAAAUGGGACAUACCCUACUUGCAAGAGAACAUUGGAAAUGGGGACUUCUCUGUUUACAUAGCAGAAAACCACAAAUUCUUGUAUUAUGACGAGAAGAAAAUGACAAACUUUCAGGACUUUGUGCCCAAAUCUCAUCGAAUAGAGAUGAAAUUUUCUGAGUUUGUGGACAAGAUGCAUCAGACAGAGGAACAAGGUGGAAAAGAAAGAGUGUACUUGCAACAAACUCUGAAUGAUACAGUAGGCCGAAAAAUAGUGGUGGAUUUCCUUGGAUUCAAUUGGAACUGGAUUAACAAACAGCAAGCUAAACGAAACUGGGGACCGUUGACCUCAAAUUUGCUGCUCGUAGGCAUGGAAGGCAAUGUAACACCAGCACACUAUGAUGAGCAGCAGAAUUUCUUUGCACAAAUCAAAGGACAUAAGAGAUGCAUCCUCUUUCCUCCGGAUCAGUUUGACUGCCUCUAUCCUUACCCAGUUCAUCAUCCAUGUGACAGACAGAGUCAGGUUGAUUUUGAGAAUCCAGAUUAUGACAAGUUUCCUAAUUUCAAAAAUGCUGUUGGAUAUGAGGCUGUUGUGGGACCAGGUGAUGUCUUAUACAUACCAAUGUACUGGUGGCAUCACAUUGAGUCCCUGUUAAACGGAGGAGUGACCAUUACAGUAAACUUCUGGUAUAAGGGGGCACCCACUCCAAAGAGGAUAGAGUACCCUUUGAAAGCUCAUCAGAAGGUAGCCAUAAUGAGGAACAUAGAGAAGAUGUUGGGAGAGGCCUUGGGGGACCCGCAUGAGGUUGGGCCAUUGCUGAACAUGAUGAUCAAAGGCAGAUAUGAUCAUGGACUGAGUUAAUGGCCUGAGCUGAACCCUCUUUAGUGUGCUGCUAAGACGGUCUGUUUAUAUGUAUGUGUGGAUAUGAGUGUAUGCCUGUGUGUACAUUCAGACUGUUGAAAUGCCAGUGCAUGGCAGAAUUUUGGCAGUAAAAAGACGUUUGCCUUUUGUCUGCUUUCAUUUACUGGACCCAUUAUAGCUAGUUCUAUGUUGGUGUAAGGAGAAAACCACUGGUGAGGAAUCUUGAGUUGAUCUCUUAUUAAAAAAAGACAUUAAAUUCAUGUGUGCAGCAUUACGUGCUAAAAAAUAGACGAAUGCAUUAGCAGAGCCUGUAAAGCACUUUUACACCACCCAGAGCGCCUGUUGUCAAGUUUUGUCCCAUGUUGGGACAAAGAAGGUGCCAUAUGCCAUGAUUAAACUCCUGUGGUUCAGAGUCCGCGCAGUGAAACUGGCAGAGUGCCUCGAGCUUAUCCACAAAGGAGGAUGAUAUACAACUUGAAACCUACCAUCGGUUCAUUGACGGUUUUAAACUGUUGAUACUAUCAUGAUUCAGUGUUUUUUUUGUGUUUGCUUUUGAAUUCGAUCUCAUGGGUUAACAGUGUUUCUGUUAGGAUAGAGGUAAUGCAGAAUACAAUGUUCAGCCACAAUAAGUUUUUAAAACAGAAAGGAUUUCUUAUCGUUUCGUAGGCGACUCACUGAGUUAAAAUUUGCAUUUGUUUAUAUGCAUUUGUAAUUAUUAUUUUUUUCUUUCUUUUUUUUUUUUAAGCUACGUGUACAUUUAAGGCAAAUGUUUUUAGUUUCUUGGUGUUAUAUUUUACAGUGUAACAUUAUAUGGUACCAUUUCUGUAAGGAUUGUAAUUCAGAACAAACUACACUUGCCAAGUGUUAGCUGUCUCCAUGAAUUGAAAGGAAAUAAAAUAUUUUGAAUGGUUUGGUCUAACUUUAAGCUUUUGAAAAUUUGAACUUUUUUAAACUUUUUUUUUUAAUCCUGUUAAUUACAUUUUUUUUGUUUUGUUAAAAUGUGUGCAUUUAAGAUAAAAAAAACGUGUGCUAAAACUACCAAAUUACCUACACUAGUUUGGGUCAGUAAAAAUUUUUUAAGUGUUUUUCAAAGAAGUCUAUUAUGUUAGCCGAGGCUGCAUUUAUUUGAUCGUAUCUGUAAUAUUUCAAAACCUUGAUACAAUUUUUUUUUUCUUCAGGAUUCUUUGAAUAGAAAGCUCAAAAGCAUCCAUUUGAAAGGGAAAUCUUUUGUAACAUUAUAAAUAUCUUCACUGUCACUUUUGUUCAGGGAAGAAAGCAAACAACCCAAAUGGUUACUGUAAUUUUUUAAAUGUAUACAAUGUUUCAAAGUUUUCUUCAUUACAUACUGUAAACCUAUUGGUAUAUCAUGGACUUAAGCUGACUUUAUAUUUUGCCAAAAUGCCAAACAGCGUACCAACAAUGAUAGUAGUCAUCUAUCAUGUAAAUUGCCUAUCAUCACAGUCAUGAAAUAAAUAAUAACUGUGUGAAUUUUGUAUUGUUACAAGCAUUUAAAGCAUUCUUACAGAAAUUACACAGGAAUAUUAAAUUCUGACAAGAUGUUU